GUAGACGGAGAUUUCACUUCACGAGACAGUCGCAAGGUGUAGCAGACUUUAUUUCACUGCUCAGAUUGUUGUGAUCAUGGCCAAUUUAUCUCAAGAAUACGCUGAGAUAAUGCUACCAAACACGGUUUUCAUUACCACUGUUGGAAUUCUCGGUGUCAUUGGAAACGUUAUCGUCAUUAUCUUGUACUGUUGUAAAGUAACGGACGAGAAUGGGGAUCGAUACUUCAUCCCGUGCCUGGCCGCCGCGGACUUGUUGGGAUCGGUCUCGAUGACAAUUUGCAACGCGGUGGAUAAUUAUUUCAAAUUCAACUACCCUUCAGAAACAUGCUGCAAGUGGCUCAAUUUUAGCCUGAUGUUCUCUGCGUCUCUUUCGUCGUCUCUUCUUUUAAUCAUUGCCCUGCAGCGUUACAGAAAGGUGUGUCAGACGAACAGCCGUGAAUUCACGCUCGUGUGCAGGCGUUUGACAAUGUUAUUCAUUGCGAUAGUUUCCGCCAUUUUUAUGGCUCCAUGGCUUGUUCUAUCCGGGACUUCAUCCAUUUCAACACAGUUUCAAGAACGAAAUGUCACUGGAAAGAUGUGCAAGUUUAUCGACAAAGAUAAUGUUCAUCGGUACCACCAUAUCAUAUUCAUAUAUAUGGGCUUCAUUUACACGAUCAUUAUUGUAAUUCUUAUCAUCCUCGUGGUUUUGUAUGCCCUUAUUGCACUGAGAUUACGACAAAUCUUUAGAGUGACAAAGACAGAAUGCAAACCACUCAUCGAGGACAAUGAGCAGAACUACAACUCCAUUUCGGCAGAUACAAAUACAGGCGUCAAGAAGUGGUUCAAUUUAAUGUAUGGUGUGAUUGUCAUUGUUUACAUAGUAUCGUUUUUUCCUACGGCUGUUUUGUUGUUUUUGGCGUACAAUCACGUGGACUAUUUGAGCUUACCAAAGCAUGCCCUCGUGACAUGGAUGAUUUUCGCGCGGUUUAUCAUUAUCAACCAUUUCGUGAAUCCUUUCAUAUAUGUAUAUUUUGACGUGAAGUUUCGGGAGGCUCUUAAACAAUUAUGUGUUUGCCGAAAAACUUCAGAUUCAGCUGAAAUGUCUAUACCAUCUUGAUUUGUAUAUACAUAUUAAAUCGUUUCUGUGUUUAGGUCAGAAAACCUUGCCUGUUUCCUUGUAUGUGUUAGCGGACAUUGGUUCUGAUUUGUUAAAAACACCCGGAAAAUCCUAAUUACAUGUAGACGGAGAUUUCACUUCACGAGACAGUCACAAGGUGUAGCAGACUUUAUUUCACUGCUCAGAUUGUUGUGAUCAUGGCCAAUUUAUCUCAAGAAUACGCUGAGAUAAUGCUACCAGACACGGUUUUCAUUACCACUGUUGGAAUUCUCGGUGUCAUCGGAAACGUUAUCGUCAUUAUCUUGUACUGUUGUAAAGUAACGGACGAGAACGGGGAUCGAUACUUCAUCCCGUGCCUGGCCGCCGCGGACUUGUUGGGAUCGGUCUCGAUGACAAUUUGCAACGCGGUGGAUAAUUAUUUCUUAUUCAACUACCCGUCAGAAACAUGCUGCAAGUGGCUCAAUUAUAGCCUGAUGUUCUCUGGGUUUCUCUCGUCGUCCCUUCUUUUAAUCAUCGCCCUGCAGCGUUACAGAAAGGUGUGUCAGACGAACAGCCGUGAAUUCACACUCGUGUGCAGACGCUUGGCAGUGUUAUUCACUGUGAUAGUUUCUGCCAUUAUUAUGGCUCCAUGGCUUGCCCUAUCCGGGACUUCAUCCAUUUCAAUACAGUUUCAAGAACGAAAUGUCACUGGAAAGGUGUGCAAGUUUAUCGACAAAGAUAAUGUUCAUCGGUACAACCGUAUGAUAUUCAUAUAUAUGGGAUUCAUUUAUAUGAUCAUUAUUGUAAUUCUUAUCAUCCUCGUGGUUUUGUAUGCCCUUAUUGCACUGAGAUUACGACAAAUCUUUAGAGUGACCAAGACAGAAUGCAAACCACUCAUCGAGGACCAUGAGCAGAACUACAACUCCAUUUCGGCAGAUACAAAUACAGGCAUCAAGAGCUGGUUCAAUUUAAUGUAUGGUGCGAUUGUCAUUGUUUACAUAGUAUCGUUUUUUCCUACGGCUGUUUUGUUCUUUUUGACGUACAAAUACGUGGACUAUUUGAGCUUACCAAAGCAUGCUCUCGUGACAUGGAUGAUUUUCUCGCGGUUUAUCAUUAUCAACCAUUUCGUGAAUCCUUUCAUAUAUGUAUAUUUUGAUGUAAAGUUUCGGGAGGCUCUUAAACAACUAUGUGUCUGCCGAAACACUUCAGAUUCAGCUGAAAUGUCUAUACCAUCUUGAUUGAACUUCACAGGCGGGGUCGGCACUGGGCAGAUGAGUUCUGUUCUUGACUAGCAUGUAUCCACGCUUGAAAAACAAAAUCGGUAUGUGUUUCUACUCAGCAUCCUAGUACGUGCUGCAAAAUGCAGUGGACAUAGCUAAUAAAACUAAAAUAAUAUUUGAUGAAGAAUUUCAUUGUCACAAUUGAUUCAAUGUAAAGACCACAUUGACAUGUUUUAUAAAAGGUAUUUAUGUAU